AUGUUGCAACGGUUUGUCAAAGUGAAAGACGCAAUAAACUCAACAUUGGCUGUUCUUCAAUCAAACGUUGAGAUGUUGACUCCAGAAGAAUGGGUUAUUGUUGAGAAGGCUGCAGAAGUACUUGAAAUUUGUUAUGAGGUGACAAAGGAAAUCAGUGGUGAUCAAUAUGUCACACUGUCAGUUGUCUUGAUAUUUACUGGUGUCAUUUUGGAGUCUAUGAAGAAGUAUGAACAAGAUAUAACCUUACCGAUUGAUGUAAGAACUAUGGCUGCAUUAUUAGAUCCACGGUAUAAGAAGUUGGCAUUUACAAAUAUUAGUGAACAAAAAUAUACAAAUGCUCUUAACAAAUUAAGACAAAAAGUGUGUUCUGUUCAAAUUGAAGACACACAAACACAAUAUGACAAUCCUCAACAAAUUGAUGAGCCUAGUAUUAGUAGUUCACUGUUGUGGAAAUCAUUUGAUGAACAGUACAACAAGAACAGAGCUUCACAUAACCCACAGGCAGCUGGAAUAAUAGAAUUGGAUAAGUAUAUGAAUGAGCCAAUUUUAAAUAGACAUGAGAACCCUAUUAUCUGGUGGAAAAAUAGAAAAUCUCAAUAUCCUCGUUUAUAUAAUUUGAUGUUUAAAAGAUUAUGUAUUACAGCUACAUCAGUACCGUGUGAACACCUGUUUAGUAAAGCUGGAAUAACAUUAACUGAACAAAGAAACAGGAUUAAACCAAGCAAAGCAUCUAAAGUGCUCUUUUUAAAUCAAAAUCUUUGA